AUGGUCCUCGACCCCAAAUCCCUCGUGCCUACAAAGGCGGGCAAGGAGUGCAUCUACGUGCGCCCGCUGACGCUGAAAGACCUCGACGCCGUGAUGCUCGUCGAGACGCAGGCCUUCGUGCCCGCGGAGCGGUGUACCAGGAAACAGUUUCAUGCACUACUCUCCACAACGACCUCCCCCCCGCUCUCCCUCGGCAUCUUCGCCUCCACUAGCCCCAGCCAGGGCGCCCACAACCCCACCGAGCACCUGCUCGGCCACGCCAUCGCCUCAAAGAUUACAAGCAAGCUCAUCACCGACUCGUGCUACAGCUCGGCGGCCACCAGCCACACCACCGGUGCGACGAUCGCGCUGCACUCGCUCGCUAUCGUGCCGGCGUGCCAGCGCCGCACGCUGGGCACGGCGCUGAUGCGCGAGUUCAUUGAUUACUGUCGCGAGAUGGCGGGGGCGGUGGAGCGCAUUGCGAUCAUUGCGAGAGAGGGCUUGGUCAGGUUUUAUGAGCGCUUUGGGUUUGUGUGUUAUGGGUUGAGUAGUGUUGGGUUCGGGGGAGGCGGGUGGAGGGACUUGGUGUGUGAGAUUAAGAAGCCUAGUAGGGGAGUGGUGAAGGCGGGGUGUGGGGGCGCGGUGGGCGGCCUGACGUGGAGUGCGCCGUUGGUUAAUUAG